CGAGGCUCGUUACCGCUUUCUCUACUGUCGACCGCUACUACCAUGCAGUCCCUCAUCGCCCGCUCCGCCUUCGUGCGUAGCCAGGCAGCCCGCGUGCCUGUCGUGCGCACCUUCGCCUCGUCCGCUGCACGCUUCCAGGCGACCCCGGCAGAGAAACCUGUCCUGCAGAAGGAGUUCAAGAUCUACCGCUGGAACCCAGAUCAGCCAGCGGAGAAGCCGACGCUGCAAUCGUACACUAUUGACCUCAACCAGUGUGGUCCUAUGAUUCUCGAUGCGCUCAUCAAAAUCAAGAACGAGAUAGACCCUACCCUUACCUUCCGUCGGUCAUGUCGCGAAGGCAUCUGCGGUUCUUGUGCCAUGAACAUCAACGGCCAAAAUACCCUUGCGUGUCUUUGCAGAAUUGAACGCGACUCCGGCAAGGAUUCCAAGAUUUAUCCCCUUCCUCACAUGUACAUCGUCAAGGACCUCGUUCCCGACCUGACACUCUUCUACAAACAGUACAAGUCUAUCGAACCCUACCUCAAGAACGACAACCCACCGCAGGGUCGUGAGUUCCUGCAGUCACAAGAGGACCGCAGGAAGCUGGACGGCAUGUAUGAAUGCAUUCUCUGCGCCUGCUGCUCGACAUCCUGCCCGUCGUACUGGUGGAACCAAGACGUCUACCUCGGCCCGGCGACGCUCAUGGCUGCCUACCGCUGGAUCGCCGACUCGCGCGACACCUACAAGGCCGAGCGCAAGGAGAAGCUCCAGAACGAGAUGAGCCUGUACCGGUGCCACACGAUCUUCAACUGUGCCCGGACGUGCCCGAAGGGUCUCAACCCGGCGCAAGCAAUUGCCAAGCUCAAGCUUGAGCUUGCCGCCGAGUAACCGUUCGGACAGAACCGUGAAAGACCCUGAGAAGAUGCUGCGGCAAUCAAUAUCCACAUAUCACGGGAGAGGGGACUGCAAUCAAACCAUGUACAGUUACGUAGCCCCGUUUUACUCUAAUCUGCAUUGUAUCGGUCGGCAUGAAUUGCGCAUUCUGUGCACACUGAUACACUUUCAAAA